AUUAAUAAUUACCGGUUUACUUCACCAUCAGUCGCCACGCAUAUUUCUAAUCAAUUGUUGCAAGAUCUCGUCUUUCGUUUUCUUCUGGAAAAGUCAGGCGUGUAUUUAAGUGUCAUUUUCUGUUAGAAUAUUUUACUGUUGGAAGAAUCGAAGAAAAAUGUAUCGUCCAGUGAGUGGCCCGAUUGUAGUUUUAAGUCAGAAUACAAAGCGGGAAACCGGUCGAAAGGUUCAGAGAGAAAAUAUUGAAGCCGGCAAGGCAAUUGCAGAUGUCAUUAGAACAUGUCUUGGACCACAAGCAAUGUUAAAAAUGUUGAUGGACCCAAUGGGAGGCAUAGUUUUGACUAAUGAUGGAAAUGCUAUAUUACGUGAAAUAACAGUACAGCAUCCAGCUGGAAAAUCAAUGAUAGAAGUUGCUAGAACUCAGGAUGAAGAAGUUGGAGACGGUACUACGUCGGUUAUUGUAUUGGCAGGUGAAAUUUUAGCUACCGCAGAACCUUUUCUGGAGCAAAAUAUGCAUCCGACAAUUAUAAUAAGAGCAUUUCGUCAAGCUUUGGAAGAUAUGGUAACCAUCCUUAAUGAGCAAGUGAGCAUAGACUUGGAUCCUAAUGACAAAACGAGGGUGAUUCAAGUGAUAAAUUCUUGCGUAGGAACUAAAUUUAUCGGGCGUUGGUCAGAAUUAGCAUGUCAGAUUGCUUUAGAUGCAGUUCACAUUGUUAUGCUCGAAGAAAAUGGAAGAAGGGAAAUAGAUAUAAAGCGUUAUGCAAAGGUAGAAAAAAUUCCUGGUGGCAGUAUCGAACAAAGUACUGUUCUUAAAGGGGUAAUGAUUAAUAAAGAUGUAACGCAUCCAAAAAUGAGACGAUACAUUAAAAAUCCAAGAAUAGUUUUACUGGAUUGUCCUUUAGAAUAUAAAAAGGGAGAGUCGCAAACUAAUAUAGAAAUAAUGAAAGAUACUGAUUUCACCAGGAUUUUGGAACUGGAGGAGGAACAUGUUAAAAAAAUAUGCGAAGAUAUUGUAGCUGUAAAACCUGAUGUGGUGAUUACUGAGAAAGGGGUAUCAGAUUUAGCUCAACAUUAUCUUGUAAAAGCAGGUAUUUCUGCUAUUCGUAGAUUGAGAAAAAGCGACAUUAACAGAAUUGCGAGAGCUUGCGGCGCAACUGUUGUCAACCGUACAGAAGAAUUGCAAAAUGAAGAUGUUGGUACUAAAGCUGGUCUUUUUGAAAUUAAAAAAAUUGGAGAUGAUUACUUUUGUUUUAUUACCGAAUGUAAAGAACCUAAAGCAUGUACUAUAAUAUUGAGAGGUGCUAGUAAAGAUAUAUUGAACGAAACUGAAAGAAAUUUACAAGAUGCCCUUCAUGUUGCAAGAAACUUUCUCAUUGAACCCAAAUUAGUACCAGGUGGAGGAGCAGUGGAAAUGGCAGUAUCAAGACUUCUGACAGAAAAUGCAGGAAGAUACGCGGGUGUGGAACAAUGGCCUUACAAAGCUGUAGCACAGGCGCUAGAAAUAAUUCCACGAACUCUUGCACAGAACUGUGGAGCAAACAUGAUUAGAACAUUAACUGCGCUACGUACAAAACAUGCCACUGAAGGAAUGACAUGGGGUAUUGACGGAGAAACUGGUCAAUUGGUAGAUAUGGAAAAACGUGGUAUUUGGGAGCCUCUGUCUGUUAAGUUACAGACAUAUAAAACGGCUAUUGAAACCGCUAUUUUAUUGUUACGAAUCGAUGACAUUGUAUCAGGAAGCAAGAAAAAGAAGGAUAAUGAGCCUACAGCACCUGCACAAGUUACAGAAGAAUCUAUGAAGGAUUAAAACAUUAAAAACACAUCAUUUUGAAUACGCUCGUAAUACUUUUAUUUGUGUUAACAUUUAAUUAAUUCAUGUUCACGAGAAUUUUAUUGGAACACAAUUCAUGUUCAUGAAUAGUAUUAUUUGCUUGUCUGUAUGCAUUUUCAUAUAAUAAAAAUACUUUAAUAAGCUAUUAAACGAUAAUGCACAAAU